AAUUGGAACGAUCCCAGGCUGAAAUGGAACUCCUCAGAGUUCUACGACAUCAACGGGUGAAGAGCAACGGAGAUAUGCACUACUAUGUUUCGCUUGUGGUGGCGCUCCUAUGCCCUCUGAAGAUACAAAGAUUUCCAUUUGACCAUCAAGUUUGCGAAGUGGGCUUUUCGUCGUACACUUUUUGGAUAGCUGAAGUCCGCCUUGUGUCUGCAGUGAAACCGUACAUCAACACCUCAACAGCGGGUACCGGUGAGUGGACUGUGAUCGAAGUGAUCACAGGCAUCCCAGAACAAUUGGUCGAAGGCACAUCAGCAACCUAUGAAACGGUAUCCUACAUCAUUCGCGUCAAACGAAGUUCAACAUUCUAUAUUGUCAUGAUAGUUCUACCAUCUUUCAUCCUUACUUUUCUUUGUGUACUUGGGCUUUUCUGGACGAAAUUCGACAAAACGGACUACCUCGAAA